UGUGUUGUUAUGUGAGGCUUUCCCGUGGCAACCGAAGUCACAGUGAUACGCGAAAUAUGUCCGCGCAAUUGAACGGCAUCGGACGGUGGUCGCAAAGCAAAGCGAAGCGCCAACCGACACCAGCGCAACCGUGCCGCGACAGUGAGGAAGCGUCGCUGGACGAGUUUCUGGAGCACGAGCUGCUCUGCUGGCUGAAUGAGGACAAGCCGAUCGGCGAGGAGGUCGCGACGCUCCGGCCGGAACUGUACGGUGAGCUGAACCACUUGUUCGGGGUGGCCGCGAACGAGGCAGACAACCGGUGCGUGGAAGAUAUACUGACCGAGGCGGAACAGUUGAUGCGACAGGAUUCGGCCGGCAACAAUACUGAACCCGCUGACCAGUCACCGAUGGGGUGGGGCGAGUUGCUCCUGCCGGAGAUGGACCCGUUGCCGAAGUGCGAUGUCCCGUACCUGCGGACAGUAAGCCCGGAGUUUGUGAAGGUACCAGAUGUGGGUUGUCGUGAUAAUUAUAAUGCCGCAGCCGAUUGUAGACCCCGGUCCCACACGAUGGAUUCAAUGUCUAAACCACCCAACCCUGCAAACGCGAGCGAGAACCAUUGUUCUACCAUUGUUACCAGAACACCCACGCCACCAUGUACGCCCCGCCUGCGACGACACCUGCACGAUCAACCGACCGCUAUCAAACCAGUCGACCAAAUGCGACAAGAGUCUUUUUCGCCUGCCGAACAAUGCGGUCGUAAUCGAGGCUCGCCGGUACAGCGACGCCAGAUGUGCGACAGGGCGACACAACCGUCACCGGCGCCGGAAGAGGAAGAACCGGACCAGUACGCGAGCUGGUCGAAGGAACGGUUGCUGGAGGGUAAGAUUACCGAGCUGCAGGAACGGCUGAAAGAUACGGAGGAACGGUAUCACAGCUUGAAGCUGCAGUACGACACACUGUCGCAGGUGCAUCGUACGUUGCGCGAGAACUACGGUACCAUGCAGGAGGAGAGCGAGAAGCUGCAGUUCGAUAUACAGCAUCUGACCAAGUGUGCCGACGUGUUGAGGUCCGAGCUGCAAUCCGCCCGCUGUGAUCGUGAUUCGGCAAUUGAGUUGCAGAAAAUUCUCCAAUCCGAGCUGGACGAAUCGCGGAAGGAGAAGAAAAAGCUUCAGGACAGUAGCGAAAAAGACUCGAAAAUCAUACAGGACCUGCAGCGCCAAUGUCGGGAGAUGGAGCGCAUACUGAUGCGCAAAAAUCCCGACUCCAUCUCAGCCUUAAUCGUCGCUAGCAAAUCACCGACGGGGAAGCCCGAAGCGGACGGUUCCACCUCAACCACCUGCCGGCUGCUGGAGCAGCGGAUCGCCCAGCUCGAGGCGGACGCGAAAAAGCAGGACGCAAAGGCGCAAGGUAUAUUGGCCGACGUGCAGGCCCGCUUUAACUCGGUGCAGGCAAAGUACGAAACGCAUAUAGCCGAUCUCGAGAUGCAGGUGCUCAGCCUGCAGGAGAUCAAUUCGAAGCUGAACGAAAAGAUCAUCCGCCAGAUGGAGGAGCUUGCGAGUAUUAGCAGCCAUGCGGCUGCCGGUGCCGUUAGAGGCACCGGUACCGCUUGCUUUACGCAAACCGACACACCGGUCGACGAGGCACCGGAGUGCCGCGGUCGAAAGCGGGAUGUGCCAGCCAGUGCUAAAGUGCGCUCUAUUUUAGUGCAGACCGAUGUGACCGGAACGGCGGUAGAAACGGUCCCUACCACCACCACUACCACCUCCACCACCAACCGGCAGCCGAACGCGAAACGGGCCCAGGCACAGAGCAAGGAGGAUGCCCAUCUGUUGGCCACCAUCCGGGGCAUGCGGGUGGAUUUGGCGAUCAAGGAGAAGGCGGUACAGCGGCUAACGCGCGAAGUCGACGAAUGUAAGAAAACGAUCAAAAAGCUGCAGAAAAAAAAGGACCCGACCCUUCCGGCCGGUGUCGGUGCCGGGCGCGGUGACAGUGGACGAUCACCGGUAAAGGUACGCAACAAGGGUGCGGAUAGCUGUGCUGGGGAAUCGGGUCCGGAAGCCGGCGCACUACGAGAUGCACAAUCAAAGAUGAAAAUCCUGGAGCUAGACUACAAAGCGCUGCAGGACAAACGGUUACAAGAUCUGAAAACUCUACAAGCCGCCCACGAAAAGGAAUUAGCAUCCUGUCACGAAUCCAUACAAUUUCUACAGCAACGGCUCGCCGAAAGUGAGGAAGAGUUGCUUCAGCGUAAGGAUAAGCAGCGGCCCAACCACAGCAACGACUAUUACGGGCUGAAGGCAAAGCGAAAGCGCACGCUGAAACGGGUUGUAGCAACGCGGCAAACGGUGGCCCGCAAAUGUUGGCUAACGGCCGCCCGUAAUCCGUCCUCGUGUAAAGCGUUGGUUCAGCAUUUGCUGAAGCAUGAAUUUUACCGUACCAAAGCAACCCUGCCGCAGACCGAUCUUGACAAUAAGACGAAAUUGUAA